AUAGUAAAUUUAUCCAAAGUAGCGAAUUCAGUCAAAUGAACAGAAGAUUUGUGCACCCUAGUAUAUAUGGACAGGUAUAUGCUCCACCGCAAAAUCAAUUUCUACCAGCACAUUGCCCAAUACUUCCACCUCCUGGCUUUAUUCUACCAAAUGAAGUUUGUCAAGUUCCUUUGCCGCUUCUAUCAUAUCCCCAGUUACCAUACGGAUUACCAGAUGCGUAUGGAAGAUAUACUUCAUGCUACAUCCCUCAACCACCUGGCUACCCACCAACUACGUACAACGUUGCUCCACCAGGAAUGCUUCACCUAAGAAGUCCAUGGCCAGCAAUGGUUGAACCCCCCCACCCCCCACCAUAUCCACCACUUAGCUAUGCAACACAACACACAAAUACAACUCAACAACCUGAACCUGGAACCAAAUGUGAUGGUGGUCACGCAACUGGAUUAGCUACGACUGCACCUCUUUUUGACCAGCAACAAAAUACUCGACAAAAAAAACGGAGACAAAGAAACAUAACCAACAACCAAUCAAAACAUAUUCGUAAAACAUCAUCCAAUCGGAUUCGUUACAUCACAUCAUUAAGAAAAAUUAAUCGUUCUAAACAUUUGAUGAGAAGCAGACGAAUGUCAAAUAAUUCUCACCGAAAAUCAGUUUCUGUUGAACCUGUUGAGCUGAGUAGCAUCGCAAUUGAAACAGAUCAUGGUGAAUAUGAAUCAUGUGAUGAAAAUGAUGAAAUAACCCAAGACAAUGAAUUUGUGUGGGAUGCUAAACAAAGUAUGGAUGAAACAAAUAUAAGUGAAAAACAACAGUUCAUUCAUUCGAACAUAGAACCUCAUCCCAAAAACCCUGACUACACAAUCAUCACAAAUGACAAAUCAUUUUCAUAUGUCAACUAUAAUCCUGAUGUUCUUCCAACUAAACUGGAUAGGAUGUGGUUACAGAUUGGGCCAGUGCAAAAACAGAAUGAAAAGAUUCCCAAGACUUCUACAAAUAUCAACACUUCACUUGAUGUUGCAUUCAAAUCACCUCGAAGUGAUGAACGUCAUUCUAAUAAACAAACCGAUUCUGUCAACAGGAACAGUGCUUGGAAGGCUACAGGCAGCGGAUACAAAUGCUGUAGUGACUCAAACCAACCAAAAAAAGUUGUGCAGCCAUGUCAGCAUUUAAAGUCCUGUUUGUUCUGUUGUUGCACACCUUGCUUGCAGAAGCAGGGAAUAAAUCGAACAUUUGAAGCAAAUCAUAACCUGGAACCAAUAAUACAAGAUGAUUCUGAAGUUUGGGAUGAAAGUAAGAAUAGAGCCACAAAAAAAGGUGAUAAUAAUCAAGAUUUAAACUCCUCAAAAUCUUUAGUUGCUGGUGGCGAAAGUGAAACAUUAAAAUUGUGUGUUAGUGGCUUGUGGUGGGACCAGAGUACUAAUGCUGGUUUCACUGAAGCAAAAGUUGUAUCUGAAAACAGUAACUCAGCCACUAGUGAUGCUGAACAAAGUGUUGAUUCGUCCGAGAUAGAAAUAUCUGGACCAUUUAUUCAAGAAAUGGAUGAUUUAGUAAUAGUAGACACUGCCCCAAGUCGCAACGUAUCAUCUCACCACAAUGAAGAAUAUGAUAUAAAUCACAAUGUUUCUUUGAAUAAAGAAAGUCCAGCAUGUGACACCACUAAAGAUCGUAAGAAACUUGAUGUUGACUGGGAAGCCAUACGUUCAGUUGUACCACAAGAUUAUAUAACAAGAUCAUACACUGAUGAAGGGACAGCGGAAGUUUAUGAUAUCGGAUCAAAUGUUGUUGGUGGUGUAUCCUCAUCCUCGCUGUCAUCAUUCGUGGAAACAAGGAUAGCUGAUGAUGAUGAAGCAAUUGUUGCAGUGAUUGAUAAAAACAAUGCAACAGACAUCCGUAAUGUACAUGCUGGUAUGGGGGAGGAGAAUAACAUGGUAAAUACUUCAUAUGAUACCUCCACACCUGUAAGAACAGUUUUUACCACCGUCCAUGGUAAACGUGUUAUGACACCAACUACUUCAGCAAGGGCAGGUUGGGGAAAGCAAGAUGUCAAACUUCUUUUGCUGUCGAACAGAGACAACUCAAAAAUUGAUUCAAAGUCAAGCAAAGAUGAGGAUAUUGCUAACAGUGGUAGUAAAGAUGAAAGUCAUUUAAUAAAUGAAAAUACCAUUUCCAAUGCACAAAGUACAUCAGCAGCCACUUUAGUACGCAACAAACCAUUGCUUCUUACUUCUCAGGUUCGUACCUCACGAAGUGUCCUACCAUCAAAAAAAUCAAAAUCUGUUCCUACCAGUCCUUUUCGAACCUCCAGCAUUCCUCAACAUCUAACGCUUUCCAGACUUUCCUCAAGUUACUAUGGUACAGCUGAUACAAGCCCUGCACGUUUUAACAACAUUACCUGUGAUGGUUCGCCUAUCUCAUACAGUGUUAACCCCUCCAACAAAUCACCAGAUACCACAUACUUGUUAACACCAGCAUCAUCAGUGUUGGAAUUUCUUGCUCCAAAGUCAAAAAUAGUUUCUAAUGAAAAGCAAACACAAGAGCUUAAAUCUCAAACACAUAAAAUCGCUCAAAAGUCCCUGGUUAAAUCAAAGACAACUUCUCAACUAAUUUCUAAGAGUAAUUGUCAGGUUCUUCAGAAAAAAACAAGAAAAACAAUGCCUCGUAUUGUAAAGAAGACAAACACUUUAAAACAAAAACAAACAUCGGAUUCUGCGUACACCUCUCCUUCAUCUUGUCCUAGUUCACGAACUAUUACACCCGGUGUUUCCCCUGAUAAGCCACCAGUACAAUUGGGAAGUUAUGGAUCCAAAACUGUGGUGAAGGCGAAGCAUAAAAAGAGUGUUUCAUCUCGACCUAAAAGUUCCGCAGCACGAAGAAAUUUGACUCCAAACGUUGAUAAAGAAAGUUCUAAACCAGUAUCGACAAAAGUAAUUUUCAGUGAAGAUUCAAAAUCUAGGUCUUCAAAGUCAUCUACAACAACUGAUGCAUCUCUUUCCAUUGUUACCCAGAGUAAAAUAAAAGUAGCAAACCUAAGGUUAAGACAGGAUGAAAUUAAAAAGAAACAACUUAGCAAAAUAACAUCAGUUACAAAACCUACUACUGUGGUUGGAAAAAAACCACCAUCGCGACGUUCACCUCGAAUUCGCAAGGAAAAGCUUUCAGUAACCAAAAAAGCUAACCAAGAUUUAACGGAUGAUACAAAUAAUGUACAAACAAACAAAAAGACUGGGAAAUCCCUAGAAAAAUCUGAAAUUUGUAUAAAGAAGAGUGUACUGUUUGACAAAAGUACAGAAAAUGUGCUGCCUUCUUCUUGCUCUGGAUCAAAACUUACAUUAAUUUCAGUCGGUAAAACUGAAGUUUCAUCAACACUAACAAGAGGCCGGGUAAAAUCCAGCAUCAAAAAUAUUGUCAACAAUUUGGUGAAUCAGUCAGUUUAUCAGAAGCCUGAAACAGUCUCUUCUCCAAGUUUAAAUGCUCUUACUUGUGGAAGUAAACCAAAAGCAGUCCAGGCCACUGAGGAUGAAAUAGCCUUCCCAACUAGUCCUCAAGUAAGGCAGAGACCAAGCACUGUGCCAACUACCCCAACCCAACAAGUCGUUUGUUGUCGACAACUGAGCGCAAGUUUAUCAGAUGUGUUUUAUGACACAACGGUUGAAGAAAGCUUCUUGACAUCAGUGUGCUCAUUUUUUCCUGAACCUGUGAAGAAACCUUUACAAUCAAGUGGUGAACAAUCUAACAGAUCAAAAGUGCAGCCCACUUCUACUUACAUUGCUUUCAGUCAACCAACUUUUACACCACCACGCACCAACCUAGAAAUGAAAAAAAUCCCAUUCAGACCGAACAGAACUAAUCAUUGUGUCGUUGAUUCUAGUUUGAAGCAACAGCCUCGGGGACAAACAUUGAGCAAAGAUUUAGAAGAUGAAGUAAGACAGAGCGCCCAACUCUUGUUAAAUUCAGUUUCUACAAAUAAAUCGCACUGUAUUUUGUCAACCACACUUGAAGAAGUCAAACAGUCACCAAAGGUAAAUUUAUUAAAUGUAAACAAAGAUAAAGUGAAUUCUGAACAAGCUUUUCCUGAUUCAAGCCGGCGGAAAUCGUUAGACAUUGCAACGCAGACCUCUGAGGAAGAAGAUUCAAACAUAGUAAAAACCUCGGAACAACAGACAUCAUCGAAAUUAAAACUGAAUGUUCCACCAAAGAAACCUCCACGCAGUGCAAGUCCUAACUCAAUACCAUCAGUCAUAAAAGAGUCUCGUUCAAAACCUAAAACUCCUCCAGUGGGAAUAAAUGCUAAGAAUACAACACAAUCAGAAAACUUUCCUUACUACCAUCUCUUUCCAGCAUUCACAGGAAUAUCUCCAUUACGUCAACCGCCUUUUCUAUCACCAACAUUCAUUCCUGUCAAUAUUGAUCACCAAUUUAUCAGCAGUCCAACAUUUCCUGCGUUUGUAGUGGCUGGAGAAACACAACGGUCUUCCAUAUCAGCUUCAUCUGGCAAUGAUUCCGUGUCUUACCAGAUGCCAACAAUUCAACAGGCUUACUACCACUCAUCUAAAGGGCCGAGCACUUCAUAUGCAGCAUUGGGUGUUCACCCUGGAUAUCCUCAGCCUUCAAGAAAGAAAUUAGUGAAGACAAGCAGAGCUUCUUUAUAUAAGAGUAACCGUGGCUCUAAAAACACCCCAGUUUACCCACAUGUACCUCACCCACGUGGUCCACCAAGCAGAAAGGUAAACCCUAUUCGUCGCCGACGUUCCUAUCCAGGAUUGCUGAGUUCAGCUGCUGUGGCAAAAGCAAGACUUUCCAGGCGAGUCGCCACUUCAAACAUGAGACAACAAUACAUUAGCAACAACCUUAACUUCUCUCAUCCAUCUGGAAGGAUACAAAGACGACCACGAUUUGUUAGGAGCAGUUUAACUGAAGAUGUAAUAUUAGAAACUUUAACAAAAGGAGCAUUAUCACCAACAUUUUUAACCAAACCAUCAACAAAAAAGAUAAAUAAAGGAAGCUUAAACAAAAAAGAAACAAAUGAGGCAACAUCCAUUGCUGGACUUCCUACCAAACAUGGAACCAAAGAAGUUUUAAAAGAAGAAAAUAAAAAUGUAGAUUUAAUUAAAGAUAAUCUGCAAGAAAAAGAUGUUUUAACCGCUCCUAUUAUGUCUUCUGGCAUUAAAUCUGGUGAAGAAGUUCCAACAGGACAUCACAAGAUUGAAUUGAAUGACAUCUCUAACCAGGAUCAAAAAAAAGGACACGGGAAAGCAAAAAAUCCACUUUCAAAAAAUAAGACGUUUAAUUUCUGUUAAAAAAGGGAAAUAUUUUCAUAACUUGACUGUAGCAAAUGUUUCAACUGCAAUGGAUGCUUCAAGCAACUUAAAGAGAAGUAAAACUGACAGCAGACUUUUGUUUGCCCAACAAAAAUCAAGUGACAAACCAGAUGAUAAAAAGGAUAUUGUAGUAAAAAAGAAACCCAUCUAUGAUUUGAAGGGGGCCUUGUUGAAACAAAGUUUUGUGGCUAUUGCACCUAUGGAUAUAAUUUCUUCAAAUAAUUGUGUAAAAGAACUUGAAAGCUCUGAAAAUAUUCCUCAGUGCUUUGAAAAGAAAUCUAUGGGGACACCUGGUGUCCGAAUAAAUUCUGAGACUGGUGACAUCAUCGAGGUACAGAAAUGUCCGGAUAUUGAGGAUGGUGCUCGCCUACAUCAGUUGUUGUCAAGCACCGCUAUUGAAAAUUGUGACGACACUACACUAUCGGAUGAUACUUUGCAACCAACUGCUUAUCGAAAACAUGACACAAUUAAUCUGCAAACUGUCAAUGAAUCAACAGAAAUUUAAGCAAUUUUUAAACUGUUGUAUUCACCGGAGACCUCCCUCCAACUUAUUGUAAAUACUGUAUAUUAUUUUCCUUCAAAAUACAUUAUUUUUGCAUUCAUA